CUCCCCUGAAAAAAAUCGCAGCUAUAUAAACGUUUGACUGGCAAGUUGAACAAUAUCAGUUGCACAACUGUUUCCAGUCGAUUCACAGCUCCCUCCACAAUGAAGUUCUUCAUCUUCGCCGUUCUGUUCGCCGUCGCCGCCGCCGGGACUUAUAAGACCAGCGAUUACGUCCAGUCGAAAUACGAGGCUCCCGCCAAACCUGAUUACGAGAAACAACCUUACAGCUUUUCGUGGGAUGUUAAGGACGAGGAUACUUACAACGACUUCGUCCACACCGAGGAGAGCGACGGCAAAGUGAUUAGCGGAUCUUACCGCGUCGAACUCCCCGAUGGCCGCACCCAGAUCGUCACCUACCGAGCCGACGAGAACGGCAAUGUGGCCGAUGUCACCUACGAGGGAGAGGCCCAGUAUCCCGAUGAAUCCGAAUACAAAGCUGCUCCCGCUUACUCUGCUCCAGCCUACAAGGCCCCCGCCUAUUCUGCUCCGGCUUACUCUGCUCCGGCCUACAAGGCCCCUGCUUACUCUGCUCCGGCAUACAAAGCUCCCUCUUACUCUGCUCCGGCAUACAAAGCUCCCGCUUACUCUGCUCCGGCUUACCCUGCUCCAGCUUACAAGGCUCCCGCUUACUCUGCCCCGGCGUACAAAGCACCGGCUUACUCUGCUCCGGCCUACAAGGCGCCAGUUUAUUCCGCUCCGGAAUACAUGGCUCCGAUCUUCAGAUCGGCCUACAAAGCCCCCGCUGCUUACCCAGCUGCUUACCCAGCUGCUUACCCAGCUGCUUACCCCAAAUAUUGAAGCUUCCGCCAUCAUGUGUACUGAUGACUAUAUAUUUAAUGAAGAUCAAGAUUAUAAUUUAUUCGAAGGCGACAUCACAAAUUAAAAAAAAAGUGAGUGGUCGUCUCCGUCUAUAUAGUUCUGUACAAAUUCAAA